AUGGCGACGAUCGGAUACCCAUACACCCUGCCGACGACUGCGAAUGUCUCGUUUCAAGAGUACUUUGCACCGAAUGCCAAUGCCCAGUACCAACGACCUCUUUCAGACGCGACCGCCUUUCGUGGGCGGCUCCGGACAGCGCUCAAGGAGCACAAGCAUUCUGACAGACACGACUUUUUGAAUAUCCAGAAGGCAGUUGAGGAUUAUCUUCCUCUGGUCUUUGGUUUGGUGGCGGGCAUCGAGAGCACUGAACUCCAGCUGACAAGUGAUGUUGAGACGACUUGGCGCUGCACCAUGUCCAAUGUAGCGCUCUCUAUAAAGAUGCCACGUAUCAAGAACAAGUCUAUCCACUACGAGGCUAUCUUCACCCUCUUGACGCUAGGCUAUGUACUCAUGGACCGCGCCAACGAACUGUCCUUCACCGUCCAACACAAGAUCCUUAUCGCCAUCGGAGAUUUGUCGACCUAUGUGGGUGGAUAUGGCGACGGCACCUCCAUGAAGGGCGCAGGAUUGGCGUCAAGUCUUGGCAACAGCACCAUCGGCGACGGCGGCGGACACGAUCACGGUCUGAACAGCACCAGCAUUGGAUCGGGAGGAGCUACUAAACAGGGCGGCGUCGCCAAUGCGACAUCUCGUUUGUUUAAGAAGAGCUCUAACACGUCUUCCAAGGCUGCCAAGAACUCUAACACGAUUGGCGAGUUCACGGACUAUUUGAACGAUGAGAAUCUGGCAGGGAUGGAUCAGCAGCUAACGGCCGCCGCGGAUCUGUAUUGCAGGGCAGCCGGAGUCUUUGAGUAUGUUGUUCAGGAGAUGAUCCCAAGGUGGAACGAGUUUAAACCAGUUGUCGCUGUUCCUGUUAAAGACUCAUCGGCUUCUAACAAGAAGGCAGGCUCAGAAACGUCACGACCCGUCGAUGUUCAAACCAGCGUCGUCUCUGCUCAUAUCAGAUUGGCUCUUGCAGAGGCACAUGCAUGCACGGUCAGGAAGGCGUCUAUCAAGGCAGCAAGAGCAUCUGCUAUCAAGUUAUCGACAUCGGGAUCAGGAACCACAGCUCACUAUGGUGGAGCAAUAUCCAAGACAUCUUACGGCCUCCUUGCCAAACUCACUGUCGGUGUUAAGGAAGAGUAUGAGCGUGCCUAUGGAUUGCUCAAGGCGGUCAAGGAUCAGAAUGAAAUCUCGACCGAGUUCAGGACACACGUCAAGGAUGGAAAGUUUUACUACGAGGCACUGGCUCAAGUUCUCCUCGGAAUGGACGCCUAUGAAGCACAACAAUACGGAAAGGCGAUCGGAUUUCUCACAGUCGCGCGAGCAACAUUCCAGGCACUCGCUAAAUCGAGUAAGUCUCACACGAUCGCACAAUCCGCCGCAUUCGAGUACCGCCGCACCAAUGAAAGAGUCAUUGCCUUCCAAAAGAUCAACGACUCUGUGACGUUCGAAAAGGUGCCCUCUGCAGCAGAACUCCUAGGUUUGAUGCCUAGUGGACGCGAACUGCUGUUGGUCAAGAGAUACCAAGCGCCCAAGCCCAGUUUUGGAGCUGCGGCUGCUGCGAGGGAAGGAAGCGCUGAUGGAGGAGACGAUGGCGUUAAUAAGAUCACGUAUGCUUUGGAGGGAGCGCCUAUUACUGCGACUGGUACGACUGGUGGUUCUACGGCUUCGGCCGGCGUUGUUGGUCCCACUUUGACUGGUGCCUUGAUCGCGCCUGUGGCUACCAGUGUUGGUGCUGAUGUUGGGACUGAAGUCGAAGAAGGUAAGAGUAGUGGAUCAAAGACUGUUGUCUCUGCUGACCUUACUGUAGCUGUCGUGACCGCUGCGGCCGCCGCUGCUGCUGCUGCACUCUGA